CCGAAACCGGAAGUGUUUCGAACAAGGCUAGCUCUUGAGUCUCUGUUAGUUGGGUUUGUUCUUCGGGUGCUAAAAUGUCAAACGAGUUGUCGACAGUGAGCGAGGCGGCGAUGAUUAAUGGUCGCGUUUUCCUCGAGUCAGAGAGUCGGAGCAGGUAUCCGUGUCAGUACACAGACAGCGAGCAGGUAAAUAAGAAUGACCUCAGGGCAAGAGCACCACCUCCUGGCACCUCUAACACCACAUCUGAAUCCCAGGCUGCAUUAGAUACAGUACCAGAAGCAGCACUAGUGGAUGACUGUGAGAAGCUGGGUACUCUGUUUGGGAUGUUCAAUAAGUGCCUGAGAAGCAUGGGCUUCACACAGCUCUACUUUGGGGAGAAGAUUGUAGAGCCUGUGGUGGUGCUCCUCUUCUGGCUGCUACUCUGGUUCCUCGGUGUCCAAGCCCUGGGCCUCGUAGGAACUCUUUGUAUUAUCAUCAUUUUCCUUCAGAAGUAGUGGCCUAAGCAGGAUGGAAGGAUUAAGUUAUGUGUGUUUUGGUGUGAUCAAACACAGAUCAGCAUAAUGAAUGUCCUUUCAUAAUGAAUAGCAUUAUAACAUAUGAUGGGUUUAGGUCUUUUUUCUUUAUGAGCCUCAAAUUACUGCUUACAUAUACAGUGCCCUGCAAAAGUAUUCAACUUUUAUAAAGUUUUUAUAGACAUAUACUUUAAUUUUUAUUGUUUUUUUUAACAGUAAUUUAUAAUUGAGCAAAUCUAACAGAGUUCAGUUAAAACACUUUUAUGUGGCACUGUAAAUGGAAUGGGACGAGGUAGGAAGUUUCAGAAAGCUGAUAUUGAAAGUUUUCUUGUCAUCUAUGCACUAAUUUAGAUGUUUUUGAUAUGCAUGUUUCCUUCAAUAUUGUAUCAGAUUGUACAGACUGUUGAGUGAGUACAAAUUCAUAGCAUGGAUGUUAAUGGCACUUUAAGAGAAAGAAAAUGAUACUCGUUUACCUUACUGAAACUAAAUGAUCCAUAUCAGUCAUCCUAAGUUGUAGUUUUUCAUGCAUUCUCCACGCAAGUGCACUAGAGGGCAACCUCUUCUUGCUCCCUAUCUCCUGGAAAACUGAUUAAGAAAUUAUCUCCUUAUAACAAACAGUAACACUUAGUUGAUAAAAGUCCAAAUGUACCAGUGCAUGGCAGCAAUGUACCAAAAGUACCAAUGGCAUGCCAUUCACAGCCUAGCAUGAGACCUGCGUGUAAAGCAAAUUAUUCAUUCUUAAUGUUUUAUAUGAAUUGAGCAUUUACAUUAUGGUAUCUAAGUGCAAAUGUGUGUUCGUGUAUGGUGCCCUUGUUAGACUGGUGGCCCAUCCAGAGUAUUUUCAUGCUUUGCACUCCAGUGUUCUUCGGAUAGGCUCCAGAUCCACUACAACCUUGAUCAGGAUUACUAAAGAUUAUGAGAUGGAUGUAUGAAUAAUUACCAUUAUUUCCUUCUGUGUUCUGCUGAGAAACAUAUUUAUCCACAUAAGUGUAUCAUUACGGCAUAAUUGCUCAUAAUAUCCAGAGGUGUAUAUUCAUAUGAUUCUUACAUAACAUAAAGCAUCGCAAAGCUAAAAAAAAUCAUUUUAAUAAUUGUAUAUUAAAACUGGCAUGUAAAAAAACACAUGUUGAUGCUUCAAAAUAAUAACUAAUUUCUGUUCUUUAAAAGAGACAAAAUUUGAAUUAAAAAGUAAGUUAAGCUGUAAGACCAUUUACAGCUUCCUCACAUCUGAAAAUUAUUUGUGAAUAUGAUUAUUUGUAAAUGUGAUUUCUAAGUGCAGAGUUAUUUGAGUUACAACUGUAACACAGCCAUACUGUAUGUUUUGCUUAUGACUAAUCCAUUGAAAUGAUAACAUUUAUACUUUCUUUGUAAAAAAAAAAGUCAUCAAAGGCAGUGUACAGCUGUUUCCUGAUACCUCAUUUAGCAGACUUUGUGCCAUAAUUUAGAUCAUUAUUUAUGCAUCUUGCUGCAUUUUCUAUCAGCUCUUUUGGGAAAUUUUUAUUUGAAAGAAACAAGUGUUAUAUAUUUUACUUCUGUAUCUGCAGUCAACUGUCAGCUUAAUAUUUGGCUAUCUAAAU